AAGCUAAAAAGCCACAAGGAAGAUACUUUGACUCGGAGUGUGACCGUUGACGCCGGAACGUUCGCGGGGUUUAGUCAGAUAGGGAAGCCAGUUGUGUGGUGAUAAUAGAAGGGACCUCCUCCUUCAACAAGUGUGACUGGGUUCAACAGAAGAAGAGGAAGAAGAAGAAAAAGAAGAAGUGUUUGUGAUUUUCUUUUUUGAUAAUUGCUGCUGGCUAAUGCUCAGUGCAGCUGAUAGUGUGACGAAGGAGCGUUAGGAAGAGAAGAACUGUGAACACACAGAGCCACCGUUGUGGCGAUAGUUGAUAAGGAUUGCUGUAACGAGUCUCGGCGACACUUCUUAGUGGGGGAAAAUUUAACGGAAAAUCUCGACAUUUGGGAAGGAUCACUAGCCCCGUGUUCUCCUGAGGGUACUAGAGGUACUUAUCAGUAGCAGAAGCAGCAGGUUCUCUCUCUGUUCCUGAUAGACCUGAUGACCAUGUGUAUGUGUCCAUAACACGCCGUCCUGUGAGUGUUUAUUUUUGGCGCCAGCUGACCGCCACUGAUAGACGAAUUCGAGCAUCGCCGAGGGAUUGACCUUAGCCUACUAACCAUCGACGAGGACAAGGAUUCCGAAUCGCACGCUCGCGGUGUACCCCACCCCCUGAGCCAUGGGAUCAUCCCUCCGUGCUUUGUAGCGGUUGUUUCGUUGAGAUUAGACUGCCGAGGAAGUGACACUACAAGAAAGGAAAAAGAAGCAAGAAUUCGUGUUAAACAGAGUGAAUAAAACCCAGCAAAUCAACUUAUCAACUCAAAGUCCGAUUGUGUGUUGGGAGUGUUUUGUGUUACGUAGGCCAUUGCGGGUAGGAAGAAAUGGCCACCCUACUGUACACGAUCAUCGGCAUGACGGCCAGUGCGUCGCUCAACUGUGCCGUCCGGCGGGAGAUCUCGCCGUGUACCUGUUCGCCGCACGGCUUCUUCGCCAACACGAUCGAAGUCAAGUGCGAACAGAUGGAGUCCUUCCACCAGGUGGUGGACGCACUGCAGGACCGCUUCACUCCGGACUACAACAUUUGGCUGACGAUUUCGCACUCGCAGCUGCUGGACCUGGCCUCGCAAUCCUUCUACGAGAUGAACAUGAACAUUAAGACGCUCAAGAUGAACUAUGAUAAUUUGAGUCAACUACCGGUGGACACGUUCCAGAAUUUACCAAGGUUAGAGUACUUUAGUGCGUCGGAGAACCGGCUAGAGGAGAUUCCGGCGGACAUGUUCCAGCACAUGCCGAAUGUUGGGACGCUGGAUUUUGCUAAAGGGAAUCUACGGUUUAUCAACGGGAACACGUUCAAGUCAUUGCAAAACCUGCGGCACUUGAUUGUGGCAUCGAAUCUACUGCAGCGGAUCGAUGCCGAUACGAUGCCUCGAACGUUAAUCUCGCUGCACUAUGGCCACAACAAUCUGACCACGCUGAACGGAACUCUGCGACACCUAGACGAGUUAAAGUUACUGUUUGCCAACGACAACCAUCUGACCUCGCUGGACGACGAACUUCCGCUGGCCUCUCCAAACUUGAUGACCAUCUUCGCCCAAAAUAACGCGAUCGAUCAUCUGCCCAUCGAGAUCAAGUAUCUGAAAAAUUUGGACUCGCUGUUUCUCCACGGCAACCGGUUGAAGUCUUUCGAUGGACUGUUGGCACGAUCGUCUCAGCUCACCAAACUGGUCGCGUUUGACAACGAGAUUAACCACCUGCGCAGGGACGAAUUCAUCGAAGCGGAGCGAUUGGAGGACCUGCAACUGGCCGAGAACAAACUGACCAACCUGAACGGUUCUCUGCAAAACAUGAAGGGAUUAAUCAUUGCCAACUUUAGCUACAAUCUGCUGAACGAAUUUUCGUUGCAAGAAGUGACCGGUCUGCGGAAGCUACGAAUUCUGGACCUGUCGCACAAUAAGAUCGAAAAGCUAACCGGUCGAAUGGAGAACCUCGUGGAUUCCGGUUCGAUCAUCUACGAGUUGCGACUGCAGCAUAACUUGCUCAAAUCACUAGACGGAACGCUGAUGGGAUUGAACAACUUGAAAAUCUUAAACGUUGCCCACAACAUGCUCGAAACGAUCACGCCUGACGAUCUUAUCGGGAUGGAAAAUCUGGAACAUUUGGAUCUAUCGUUCAACAAGCUGAACACGCUAGAGGAGUUGUCCAAGACAUUCCUGCCAUCGCUUCAGUCGGUGAACGCGUCCUACAACCUGCUCACCACGAUGGACAAGGACUUCCACGGUCUACCGGUGCUGUGCACGGCCGAUCUUUCCAACAACAUGAUUCGAGUGCUAUCGGUUGAUCUUGUUUCGCAAACCCGGUGCAGCAACCAUGGCGUUCCGAACAAGUUGGAGAUUUUCCUCCAAGAGAAUCCCGUUCUAUGUGACGAAUCCCUGCCGGAACUGGUCUCCCAAAUGGAGUCUUUCCACACACGACUGAUCGGAAUUGCGCACUGCAUCGUGCCCCAGCAGAUUCCCAUCGAUUCACCCAUCUUUAUGCAGCCGCCGAUUCCGCUGUUGAAGCCGCUACUGCAACCGCAAAUUCCGAUGGUCCCAGCACCGGUAAUGAUUCAGCAACCCUCGAUCGUACAGAUCUUAGUACCGGCCCCGAUGAUGGUUCAACCACCGGCAUUUGCCGAUGCCGCUGCAGGAAUGCUUCAACCAAUUCCCUCCGUCCAAGGCAUCCAGGAUUUGCAGCAACCACCAGUUGCUUCACCACCGCAAAUUGCUCAUAUUCCACAGCAACAGCCGUACGAUGAGCUCAAGUACGACGCCCAACCGGAACCGGCGGCCGAGUCUGAAACCUUGGCACCACCCCCGGAGGAGAAUGACAUCGCAAAGAUCAUCACACCGACCACCACAACCAUGAAAACGAUCCUCGAGUUCAAGAACAUUAUCCACGACACGUACUCGGCGAUACCACCGGAAGUACUCCCCAUGCCACUGGACAAAGCCCAGGGACUUGCUACCGAACCCGAAGAACCACCGGAAACGCAACAAGAUCAAAGCGUGGACGACAAUGACGAAGUAGAACAUUGAACAGACAGAUAGGGCGGAUCACACAAGAGUCUCCCCUAUGUGAUAAGAUACACUUUUUUCGAGUUUGAUUGCAGAAUGCAAACACGUUAAGAAGGAAAAUUCCACGCUUUAGACUAUUCUGAGAGUAGGUUAAAGCACAAUCUUCCACACCGGAAGAGGUGAAGAGCAUUGUUUAAAAUAAAACGACUGUCCGGUCAGUCCCCGGUUCUAACACCACCCAGUAGACACAAACUAUUGAUACUAAGAAGAAAAGGACACCGUUAAUAGUGAUACAUGAAUCUGUCUGAUAACCCCACCCCUGAAAAUCAACCAAACUCUCUUCAUCUGUUUGAAGCUAGUUGUUUUACUUGUUAUCUCUCUAAAAUAUAAGUGGUUUGAGAAUCAAUGUUAGACAGACGCAGUCUCGAAAUUUCGAACAAUUAUGGUCCAAGAUUUGACCAUGGACACACGUGAUUAGCGUACAUACAAAACAAAUGCACAAAACACUGUUUUUUUAUAUAUAAUAAUAUUAGGAAACAUUCUUGUUAACAGAAGAAUUUAAUAGACUAGACUUAUCAUGCAUAUAUGUGCCAUCUUAACUGUUAAGUACCACUUGUCAAACUUGUCCUCUAUCACACCUUCACCCAAAAGUAAUCCAACAUUCUUUCACGUUAUUUCCUUAACUUUGUAUUUAUUCAUAACAGUCACAUAAUGGAUAUUUUUGUAGAUUGAUAAUGACCAGAAGCACUUUCAAUGUACUCUAAAACAAACUUUUACAACAGAAAAAUGAAAUUCACACCCACGUAGCAAAUAAAGUAUUUUACAGCACACGAUACAGAGGAAACAAC